AGCGACAGCAGAAAGAGCAGAGUAGCCGCCCAAAUAACCCACGAAUACCGAUGUCAGGAAACAAGAAAGCAUCUUGAUCCGUGAAAACUAUCUGCCAUAAUGAUAAUAAGGUUCUAUAUGAAGAUCAAAAGACUUAUCAGAGUACAUCAAAAGUUUUGUCUGAGGAUUAUUUGCACUGCAGCAGCAACUAAUUAAUCUAGGUAUCGUUUUUUCUUCAAUUGUCAGCUUUUAUUAGUACAAGAUUGUUCGAGAUCUAUAAAUCUCGAAUUGGCUCCUCCAUGUUUGUUUCUAUCCGAGGCAAACAAGACCAAGACAUGGAGCGCUCAACCAAAGCUCAUCUCGUGUGCAUGGCAGCCCCUGCUCAAGGCCACAUCAACUCCAUGCUCAACCUCGCCAAAGUCCUCCACUCCAAGGGCUUCUUCAUCACCUUUGUCAACACCGAGUUCGUCCACCGUCGUUUCCUCAAGAAUCCCGAAUCACUCUCCUCCCUCGACGGCCUCCCUGACUUCCGCUUCGCCAGCAUCCCCGACGGGAUCUCGCCCUCCAACGACGGCGACGAACACAAACAAGACAUUCCUAAUUACAGUCUAGCAAUCAAAAACAACUGCCCUGCUCCAUUUCUCAAGCUUUUAUCUGCAAUAAACGAUCCGAACUCUGGAGUGCCGCCCGUUAAUUGCGUGAUCUCAGACUGCUUCGCCAGCUUUACCCUUAAUGCCACCGCCAAAUUGGGGAUCCCUAAUGUAUUUUACUGCCCAUCUAGCGUGUGUGGCUUCUUGGACUUCUACUACUGCAAGGAGUUGAUGGAGAGGGGAAUCAUCCCAUUGAAAAGCGAAGAUGAUCUUACAAAUGGUUACCUGGAUACCGUCAUUGAUCGGAGACCAGGCAUGAUAGAAGUCCGAAUGAGAGACUUGACAAGUUUCGUACGAACCACCAACCGAGAGGACAUAUUGCUCAACCUUAUCAUUGAUGAGACUCAUGCUUCUCACCAAGCCACGGCAAUCAUCUUCAACUCGUUCUCUGAAUUAGAAUCACCACUGCUUAAUGCAUGCUCAUCGAUGCUACCUCCAGUGUUCGACAUCGGCCCCAUGUGCCUGCUUUCUCAGUACAUUCCCAAUGAUUCAUCAAUCACAUCGUUCGGUAGAUUAAACCUGUGGAAAGAGGACUUUGGUUGCGUGGAAUGGUUAGACGAGAAGGAACCGGGUUCUGUGUUGUAUGUCAACUUUGGUAGUAUGGCAAACUUGACGAGUGAACAGCUCUUGGAGUUCGCAUGGGGUCUGGCCUCGUUGUUGCCACAAGAGUUCUCAGAGAUGACCAAAGGAAGGAGCUUCAUUACAAACUGGUGCCCGCAACAGAGAGUGUUGUCUCAUGCCGCAGUUGGAGGUUUCUUGACCCACUGCGGAUGGAAUUCUACAACGGAGAGCAUUUCCGCAGGGGUUCCCAUGAUCUGUUGGCCAUUCUUUGCGGAUCAGCAAAUAAAUUGCAGGUACAUAUGCUCGGUUUGGGGCAUUGGGAUGGAGAUUAAUGAAGAUGUAAAGAGGGAAGAGGUGGCGAGAUUAAUCGAGAAGCUGAUGAGAGGGCAGAAGGGGAAGGAGAUGAAGAAGAAAGCAAUGGAAUGGAAAGAGAAAGCAUUUGAGGCAGCCAAACCUGGUGGUGGAUCUUGGAUAAAUUUAGAGAGGCUCAUCAAGGAGAUAAUUACAAAAGAGUGAAAGCAGAUUAGAAGAAGAACAAGAUAUGA